GCACACACGCACACGCACAGACACAGGCUAAGGUUUGCUGCAGCUAUGAGCCGAUUCCACCUCCUCGCGCUCCUGCUGUUGCUGCGCACGAGCAGUACAGCUGUUCAGAACGACGCCACGGAGUCAGGGAACACGCAGGUGGUCCACGACACGCAGGAGGAGCCGACUGAGGAGAACACGAACCAGGCCAGGAACGGGGGCAGACGCGGAUCAGACUCUGCGCGUAAUGGUCCAGACCAGAGCCAAGUUGGAUGUAGAGAGCUGAGGUCCACCAAGUACAUCUCUGAUGGCCAGUGCACCAGCGUCAACCCCAUCAAGGAGCUGGUUUGUGCCGGAGAAUGUCUGCCAUCCCACCUCCUGCCCAACUGGAUAGGGGGUGGGGGUUACACAGGGAGGUACUGGAGCCGACGAGACACCCUCGAGUGGCGUUGUGUCAUCGACCGGACCCGGACCCAACGCAUCCGACUGCAGUGUGAGGAUGGCACCACCAGGACCUACAAGAUAACUGUUGUGACGUCCUGCAAGUGCAAACGCUAUUCCAGACAACAGAAUGACUCAGGACACAAGGACACAUCUGCCCACGAGGGCAAACAGAGGAAGAACCAGAAGAAACCAGGACUCCCUGAGGAGCAGGCAGGGAGGCAGUCUGACAGCUAAAACCAUCACGUUGUUAUAGUAUCACACAGGAAAUCCUUUCAUCUACAAAUGUCAACACCAUGAAGUUCAUGAACAAAUGAUCAGUGUACAGUUAACAGACACUUAGGUUCAGAAAUGGCUCGCUAUCAUGUGUCUUAUUUGUAGAUUAACGCUGUAUAUACACUUCAUGACUACUGCACAACACACACACAGAGUGCAGUUGGCUCAAGUGAGUACAGGAGUUUAUUUUGGAUUCUGUACAGGAAUAAUGGUACCAAACCUGCUAGCAUCACUGUGAUGACAAAAACUCUGGGAAGCUGCACACAGUCACUGGAACUGAGCAAGUGACUCCAUCUGAAAGUACAAACAGUUAUAUUUAAGCUUGUGUGUGCAUGUAUGAGCACAUACAACAUGUUAUUUGGUGGGUUUUAUAGGUGACGGUAGAUGAUUUGUUAAGGUGUGGACAGAGACAGGAUAGCUAUUGAUCCCCUGCUUUCAGUCUUUAAGCUAAGAUAAGCUAUCUACAUCCUGACUGAAAAGGUUUAAGUGAUACACAAUAGCAACAGAAGUCUCAUAUAAAUUUAUUGUGUGUCAUCUGUACAGUGAUAAAAGCCUGGUGUGUUCAGAGCAACACAUAACAUUAAAUUAACAUCUGCACAUACUGAAGAAAACACAGACACAUUCUGACUAUAGAUGCACAAUGAGCUGCUGCUGAGGACAUCCACAAGUCCAGACAGUACGUUUUAUGUACAGUAAUAUACAGUUGGUCUGUGCAGAAACUUUGGUUUAUAUUAGGAAAAAA